UAUAGAGUUGACCCUGGCUUCACAGAAUUCUCCAUUCAGUCUGUCUUGGAAGAAGUUACCACCUAAAAGUGCCUCUUCGAUGUUCUCCAUUGGGCAUACUAUCAUGUUACUCAGAAAGAAAUCCAGCAUACUGUAAGAGAAAAGCUAUUUCAUCCUGACAUUGGCCCUUUCGGUGAUUCUAGUAACAUUUCCCAAUACACUGCACCUUAUUCCACAAUGAAAGAUGUACAGAUUUCAUACCAAGAGGGUUAAAGCUGCUGCUAAAUAUAUGUGGACUUCAAAUCUUUGCAAGAUCAGGAAAUCUCUUAAAAAUGUCUACCAAAAAUGUAAGAUCCAGCACCCAGAUUCCACCACCAGAUACCCAACAAUGACUUCUUAUGAUUGUGACAAAGAUGGCAUCAGUGCAGAUGAAGAUAUGAAUCUUACAGUAAUGCUCCAAGAUAUUCAAACUACCCAAAUUGAACUCCUCAGCAAAAUGACUGACAUUGUUAGUGCAGUAUCAAAAAUCCAGGACAAGAUCAGCCAUUAUCAGAAGCAGAUGGACAUCAUGGAAACCAGAAUGAAUGCGAAUGAAGACAAUGAACUCACGGCCACCAAAGAUAUCUUCCCUAUGAAAGAAGAUUUGAAUACUUUAAAGAAGAAGGUGAUAGAACUGGAAAACCAGAAUUCUUGCCCUAGCAUAUAUUGUUUAGAAGUUCUAGAGAGAGAAAAGGCUAAAGAAAUCACAGAACAGCUUCAUAAAUUCAUACAACCAGAAACUCUGAAGGACACCACAGCCUCUGUAGACUCUGAAAUCUCAACAACAGAACCACAGAAAGUUCCUAAUUAUUCAGAGCCCACUGAUCAACUUGAAGAAAAUAAAAUAUCUCCCAAAAUUAAAACUUCGAGGAAAAGUAAUGGGAAAAAAGCACCUAGAAGCCUUAAAAAAGCAAAGUCAAAUAUUUAUAUUUACCCAGACUUUGGUACAUGGAUCAAGCUAACUUUUGUUCAUGGAGGAAAGUGGAGAUUUUUCCUCAGGGCUACUAAGAUAGAAGAUUUCAUCACUUGGCUUCUUUCUACACCAACCAUCCUUUCUGAGGAAACACAGACCAUACCCAAAAGAGGCUGUCCACUCUCUGGACCUAUUGCAAGUUUGACCGCAACCUGUGUCUCCCUUUUCAACUAUAUUUACUGCCUUUUUGGCUCUUCAAAAGAGGAAAUAACUCGACUAUAG